GGGUAAAUGAAUAAAGAAAUUAAAGGCAAGCUUCCUGUUGAUCAGGCCCUUUCUCAUGCUCUCCUUCAACUGCGCUUUUGCUUUUGGGUAAGCUCACCGUUUGAAAGUUGCCUUGUACUCGUAUGUCCAGUCUUGAAUGUUGGUGCCCAAACACGCGACAAAAUUUUCCUUUAUGUGGGAAAUAUAAACAAAAAAUCAGUGCAAUAUUGAUUGUAGAUCUUUAAGUAUCUUAUUCAAAAUGAGCAUCAAGAAUCCAUGGAAUUUCUGGUUGAUAUGCUUGCUAAUACUAUCAGCUUUAUAUCUUUUUCCAAUCCAUUGGACAAGAGAGCAAAUGUUGACAUCCCAAUUCCAUCAUGGACCACAACCAUCUUUUCAUUUCAUGGAUUGUGGAAACUUUUGCAUUCCGUGGGUUCAACCGUCUUUGCAUCAGAGCGCAGCCCUGGAUAACAAGAUUUUGUGGCAAUUGAAGCAUGUCAAUACAUUGGCUCGCUUUCCCAUACAAUACCAGUCUUCAAUUGAAGCAUUGAGAAGGAUUCGAGCAAAUUAUGUCCGGACUUUGAAAAAAUCGGUGCCAAAUAACUUUGGUAUCAACCGACAUGUCAAUAAAUCAUUGCAACGACUCCAGGAAGCAGGAUAUUCAUGCCCUUGCACAAACUUGGUGUCAAUCAAUGAAAAUGGAAGAUUGGGCAAUAAGAUGUCGCAAUACAUGACCCUUUUGGGGCAAUCAAAACGACUUCACUUCCGGCCAAUCAUCCAACGAGGAAUGAGUCAAAUUCUGAGUUCAAUAUUUCCUCGCUUGAGUGUUCCCUCCCAAGAUAUUGUUCCUUGCACAUGCAAUUGGACAAUCGUGCAUAUGAACGAAUUGUGCAAAAUCAAGUCGAAAAAAGAGCUUUUUGCCCGCGGACAAAGCAUCUUUAUUCCUGAAUUUCCUACUCAAAUUGAAAUAUUUGAACAGUUUUUUCCCACGGUCAUGAGGGAAUUUGCAUUCAACCAACGCAUCAUGCAAGAGGUUCAGACAUACUUAGAUCAAGUCAAGAGAGGCUUUCGGUCACGAAUUGGAAUUAACCAGAAUACUGAGGUCACAGUUGUUGGAGUUCAUAACAGAAGAACCGACUAUGCCUCUUACUUGAGUAGCAAGGUUCAAGGCCGACUAUUAUCAACGCGAUUUUUUUAAAACGCUAUGAGGGCCUUCAAGAGCGCUCAUGGCAUGGCUACGUUAUUCAUUAUGAUUUCCGAUGACCCCCAAUGGUUUUACCAGCAUUACAAAGAGCGCCAAGACGUUUUUUUCAGCUUUCAAUACUGGAUGCAUUGCCGCGACAAAGUAGCCUUUGAUAUGGCUGUUGCAGCUAGUGCGGACCAUUCCAUUUUCAGCUUUGGUACGUUUGGGUUUUGAUAAUAAUAAUAAUCUUUAUUGCGACUCUUGGUCAUGUCAUGGCGUAAAAGUAACUAUAAAAUAAAAUCUGAUGUAUAAACAUCAUACAAAGAAAUAAAACAAGAAAAAUGUCAGGAUGGUAAAGGCAAUAAAAUAGUUGACUAGAAAGUGAUAUCACAAUGAGAAUGACUAGAAUUGGUUCAAUGCACAUGAAAAAAGGUAAGAGGUGAGUUACAGAUAGUACAAAGGCAGGUAGGUAGAGGUAAGUGAUGAAAAUCUUGGUUAUUGCAGUAGAGUGGA